CCCUUGUCUCUCUCACGCACACCUCGGCCUCUCGCGCUCCACGCGCUCGUGCAGCUCAGAGAGCAGCGUGCAGCUCGCCAGAACAGCCUCACGCCGUCGCCAGUCGUCGGACGGGCGCCCACACGCUCCCGCCGGCCGGGCUGCCUGCUCGCACACCGCGCGCGUCGCCUCUCGUCGCUGCACACCGGCGACGUCGCGAGCGCCAGGCCAGCCCCGCUCCUUUCUCCGCACGCGCACUGCUCCUGGAUCUCUCACGCCGCCGCAUUUGCGGGCGCGUAUAGGUGCACAGAGCCCCGCGCUUCGCAGUGCAGAGCUGCCCGCCGGCGCCAGCGCACCCGCCAGCUCUCCUCUCGCCAGCGUCGGGGCGCAGUGGGCUGCGCUGAGCGCGCCCGGCGAUGAACUCGAUCUUCGGGCGCAACAAGACGCGGCCGCGCGGCGACACCAAUGGCACGGACAGUGCUGGCGGGCUGGGCGCCGCGUAUGGCACGGCAGAGGUCAUCGGCAGCAGCUCGGGCGCGCGCAUGCAGAUCGGCAACCCAACGGGCUUCCAGCACAAUGGCGGCGCAUUCAUGCAGAUGGGCGGCGACCCGCGCGCCAGCACGUCGUCUCGCGCGCCGCGCGCCAGCCACGACGAUGACUUUCGGCCAUACGGCGCACCUGCCGCGGCCUCGCCGAGCAAGGGCGGCUCGCACACGCGCACGGCGUCGAGCGCCUCCUCUGCCAUGACGCAGAGCUCGCGCUACGCGCCUUCGGGCUUCUCCGUGCCGACGGACUACGGACGGGUGGGCGCCGAGCAUCUGCCCGGCCACAGCGGCGCCGAGAUGGGCACGCGCUCGUCGCGCUACACGUCGUCGUCUUCGCACUCGACCGAGCGGCGCGGGCCGGUCUCGUCGCACGCCUCGGACAUCCUGCAUCGCAUGAGCAUCUCCAGUGCCGCCUCGGCAUCGCUGGCGCAGCCCAUGUGGAACACCGAGCACCACCACCAGCACACACCCGCCAUGCCGCCGCGCUCCGGCGAGGGCGCCUCGAGCUCGUUGCACGGCAGCAUGCACUCGGUGCAGGGCACGGGCGUCUCGGGUGCCAGCGGGCCAAGCAGCGGCUCGGGCGCGGGCGGCUUCCACUUUCCGCGGCCCGACGACGAGGAGCUGUCGCGCAUGUUCUACGAGCUCAUGCAGCAGCGCGACUUCCUCAACGUGCCCGGCGGCACGCUGCCCGACGAGCUCAAGGAGACGGCGUUCCGCAACAUGCAGAACUUCCCCGCCGAGAAGAAGUGGCAGCUCGUGUACAACAGCAAGCUGACGGAGUGGCACGCCGAAAAGGAGCGCGAGCGCAACCGGCGCCAGGCCGGCACGGGCGCGCACGGCGCCAGCGGGCCCGGCGCGGCGGGCAUGGUCAUCACGCGCAACUCGCCCGAGUGGUUCAUCAAGAAGUUCAUGGACGGCACCGUCACGACGAAGCACAUCGAGAGCCUGGCAGUGACGCUGCGCACGUGCGCAAUCGGCUGGAUCCAGAGCUUCGUCGAGAGCAAGGGCACGCCCGUGCUCGCCAGCUUCCUCAACGGCCUGCACUCCAAGGGCCACAAGACGGACAACGACGUGGCGCUCGAGUACGAGGUGCUCAAGGCGUUCCGCUCGCUCUUCAACUCGAAGCCCGGCGCCAACGAUGCGCUGGCGCAGCCCAAGUGCAUCAGCGGCAUUGCACACUCGAUGGUCUCGACGCACCUGGCGACGCGCAAGCAGGCCGCCGACAUCCUGCUCUUUCUCUGUCACUGGGACAAGCCGACGGGCCACCGCCUCGUGCUGCGCGGCUUCGACGAGCUGAAGAAGUCGAGCGAGGACCACGGCCGCUUCGACGCCUGGUUCCGCAUCCUCGAGCAGACCAUCGACGGGCGCGGCCAGAUGGGCAGCCGCGUCGGCGCCAGCGACGAGGUCAAGAAGCUCAGUCUCGGCGGCGGCAACACGGCGGCGGCGCACGAGUCGAGUCUCAACGAGUACGCCAUCAACAACAUGUUCCUCGUCAACGCCAUUCUGAACCUCGACAUUGUGCCCGAGUUCGAGGUGCGCGUGCACCUGCGCAACCAGAUGGACGCGAGCGGCCUGCAGCGCAUCCUCAUCAAGAUGCGCGCCUUCAAGAAUCCCGAUCUGGACCUGCAGAUCGGCGUGUUUGAGAAGGGCGCAGAGGCGGACCACGAGGACGUGGUGGAGACGUUCAACCGCGAGGUGCUGACGGACAUGUCGGACCCCGUCGACGUCUUCAAGGCCAUCGUGGAGAAGGUGUCUGGCUCGCGCGCAUACGACUUCUUCCUCAGUGCCCUGCAGCACCUGCUGCUCAUCCGGCAGGACGGCGAUGCGCUGGUGCAUCACUACCAGCUCAUCGACUCGCUCGUCACGUCCGUCGUCAUGGACCGCAAGGGCGCCGUCGAGAGCAGCGACCUCAGCUCGCUGCUCGGCGUGAGCGUCAACAGCGUGCUCUCGCGCUUUGCCGACCAGGACCAGCAGGCUGCCACGGCCGCCGAGCUGCAGCGCACCAAGGCCGAGCUGCGCACUGCCGACAAGGAGCGGCAGCGCCUCGAGACGCAGCUCAACGAGAGCACCGAGGGGCUCGUCGGCGACUUGCAGCAGCAGAUCGAGCGCCUCGAGGAAGACCUCUCCGUCGCGCGCGCCAACACAUCCGCAGUGCAGGGCGAGAUGGAGGACAUGGAGAAGGCGUACAUCGACCGCGUCGUGGCGCUCGAGAUUCAGAUCCGCGAGCUGUACGACAUGCUGCGUGAGGCGCAGCUGGCCGGCGGCAUUGCAGAGCCCGGCCAGGGCAGCCUGGACCGGCAGCAGCUCGUCGACACGCUCGAGAAGCAGCUGGAGCGCAACCGCACCAUCAAGAAGCUCGAGGCCAACGCGCGCAAGAAGCCGGUCCCUGCGAUGCCCGCGGCGCGCGAGGAAGAGGAGGUCGAUGCGCGCAAGCGCAUCUCGUCGAGUGUGCGGCGGCAGUCGCAGCGCAACAGCCGUGCAGCAGCCUCCGCAGCGGGCGACGAGCAGGGCGCAGCGCCGGACACUUCCAGCGACGAGGAGAUCGACCCGCACAGCGAUGCCGCGAAGUGGAAGAUCCAGGCGACGCUGGCGGCGGGCAUGGCCAAGAACGCAGAGCUGCAGAGCCGCAUGACGGAUGCGCGCGCCACGCGCAGACGCAAGGCCGACACGCCAGACGAGGAGCAGGACGCCGAUGGCGCCGCUGCGCCUCCGCCGCCUCCGCCGCCGCCGCCACUCCCGCCGUCGGAGGAGGGCACAUCGCUGCUCGACGAGAUUCGCAGGCGGAAAGGCGCGCCCAACCGCACUGCAGCCACUCCGCCGCGCGAGAUUGCCGCGGUGCCCAUGCCGCCUCCUGCGCCGCCUGCGCCGGGCGCCAUGGGCCCUCCGCCUCCACCUCCUCCGCCUCCGCCGCCGCCGCCACCGCCACCCCCGCCACCGCCGCCGCCGGGAGGCAGCGGCUUUGUGACGCCCAGCUCCUCACGCCCGCCCUCGCGAGCGGACGGAGGGCCGCCGCCUCCGCCACCUCCGCCACCGCCGCCGCCGCCCACGCCCGGGCAGCUUGCCGCGAUCCCUGCCACGCCGCCGCCGCCGGCCCUCACGCCCGGCGGCAUGUUUGGCACGCCGCCGACGGCGACUCCUGGCGGCGAGAGCUCGCGCGACUCGAUGCUCAACAUGCGCGCCAGCUAUGCCGGCGACCUGGGCCCCGGUGGCCCGGCGCACGCGCCACCACCGCCGCCCAUGGGAGGCUUCUUCGGCCACGCAGCGACGCGCAAGGAGGUGCUGGAGCAGGCCAAGGGCCGCAUGAAGCAGCUGCAGUGGGACAAGCUGUCGGCGCAGCACGCCGCCGAGACGGUGUGGGGCCGCAACACGGCCGACGAGGUGCAGAUCACCGAGAUGCUGCGCUCGGGCGGUCUCUUCGAGGAGAUGGAGGAGGACUUCAAGGCCAAGCAGGUCGCCAAGCGCGCCACGGCGGCGCUGGCCAAGAAGGAGAAGCUCGAGUUCAAGACGCACCUGAGCCUGCAGACGCGGCAGGGCAUCGAGAUGGUGCUGCGCCGCGUCAAGAGCAGUCUGACCGACGCCAAGCACGCGACGCCCGAGGAGGUGGCGCACCACAUUGUCAACUGCGACGAGGCCGUGCUCGACGAGAGCUUCCUCACCGAGCUGCUGCGCCACUACCCCGAGAGCGAGACCAAGGGCCAGCUGGGCGAGUACCGCAAUGCGUCGCACGAGGAGCUGCGCCUGCUGCACCCGGCCGACCGCCUCGUUGUGCUGCUGAUGACGGUGCCGCACCUCAAGGAGAAGGUCAAGGGCCUGCUCUUCAUGACGCGCUACCGCGACCUCUUCGACCUCAUCAAGGAGGGCUCGCUGCGCAUCCGCGAGGGCGCCGACGGCCUCGUGCAGGCAGAGCACUUUGCCCGCCUCCUCACGCUCAUUCUCAUGAUGGGCAACUAUCUCAACGCCACGGGCGUGCAGGGCGGCGCGUUCGGCUUCAAGAUCUCGUCGAUCAACAAGCUCGUCGACACCAAGGCCACCGACGGCACCACGCUGCUGCACUUUGUCGAGCGCACUAUCUCCAAGUGCUUUCCCGAGGUCGAGGAGUUCCUCGACGAGCUGCAGAAGCCGUCCGAGGCGUGCCGCGUGCAACUGCUCGACCUCAAGCGCGACCUGGCAGAGCUCAAGUCGGGCAGCGUGCAGCACAAGAAGGAGCUCGACCGCUUCCUCGACGAGGCCGAGGAGCGCCUCGAGGAUCCGUACACGAAGCUCAUGCUGCCGUUCCUCAACGAGGCGCACCAGGAUCUGCAGCGCCUCUCGGACCAGGUGACGUUCACCGAGCGACAGUACGUCGAGGCGCUGCGCUACUUUGGCGAGGGCCCCGAUCCGAAGCGCCGCGGCUUCCCGGCCGUGCAGCCGAUGCGCACCGAGGACUUCUUUGGCGUCUUCCGCGAGUUCUGCACGGCCUACCGCAAGGUCAAGAGCGACAAUGUGCGCAUUGGCGAGCAGCGUGCCAUCGAGGCCAAGCGCCGCGCGGCGGCCGAGGAGCGCGAGCGCGAGCGGCAAGAGGCCCUGGCGCGCAAGGAGGCCGGCGUCGACGACAGUGCGGUGCUCGAGACGCUGCUGGGCAACCUGCGCUCCGGCGGCGUGGUGCCGAAGCAGAAGCGCAAGGCGCGCGAGCGCGGCGAGGCGCGCCGCUCGGCGGCCAAGGCGGUGGAUGGCUCGCCGGGCGCCGCACCGAGCAUCGACGGCAACCCGUCGGACGUCGCCGCGGCCAUGCUUGCGCGCCUGCAGGGCAGCGCCGGCGGCGCCACGACGCCGUCGGCCUCCUCGCGCCCGGUGCGCCGGCGCGACCGCAGAACGGGCGAGCCGCGCGAUCGCGACAGCGGACGCACGAGCACCCUCUCGGCCGCGCCUCUCUCUGCUGCUUCGCUCGACGCCGACGCCGAGGAGCCAGCCACGCCGACGGAGCACGACGCCGUGCAGGAGCGCGACGAGGCGCAGAAUGUCGCACACGAGGAGGAGCACGACGACGAGCUGCCCACGCCGCAGGCCAACGGACACGACGUCGACGACGGCUCGCCCUCGACGCCACGCACGCCCUCGACGCCCGGCGACGACGGCGCCGACGCACCCCUCUCGGCAGCGCAGCGCGCCUCGGCGCUCAUGAUGACGCCGGAGCGCACGCGGCAGCAGGCCGCGCUCGACGAGGCGGCCCUCGAGGCCGACCUCUCUGCCGGCAGCGGCCUGCAGGACUGGGUCGACCCGCACGACCUGUCGGGCUUCAGUGCGGCGUCGCAGGACUGAGCUGCAUCGUCCGCCCGCCCCCUCUCUCCUAGAUCCCCCUGGCCCUCCGCACUUGCUUGUGCACUCUUGCACACUCGCUUCCACGCCUCUCGGCGUCUCCUAAUUUACCCCGCCUGCCCCUCCGCAAUGCAGAGUGCCGGCUUUCGUCUCUGCACAGAAGUGACAUUCGCGCGCCCAACGCGCAGCCCAGCGAGACAGCCGAGAUCGACCGGAUGGAGGGAAGAAGGGGAAAAGGAGGGGAGGCAGAGAAGGCCCUCACUUCAUGCCACGCCGCUUGCGCUGCGUCUCGUGGUGCGCCUUGAGCUUGCGCGACUUUUCCGCCAGGCUCGUCUUGCUCUUGCUGCGCACCGACCAGGACUUGGAGGUCAUG